AUGGUGCGAUUUUUCUCGCCCCAUGUUAUGCUCAUUGGCUCCGUUGUGCUUUAUAUUAUUAUUGGAGCCGUGAUUUUUCAACAUUUGGAGGGCGAAAAUUUGAUGGUAGGGCGGGAAAAUUCCGCGUUUUUUGACACCAAAUAUGAUAUAUUUUGGGAUGAAAAAUUUUUUUUGGUGAAAUUUUUGAGCCAAAAUUGCUGCAAUUUUCAAAUUUCCAUCAAAAUAUAUCAUGUUUGGUGUCUAAAAACUUCAAAUUUUCAAAAUUCUCCAAAUUUCUCAUUUUUUUUCAGAAAGUGAAAAAAGAGCACAUGUCGAAUAUCGAUAAAUUCUCGGAAGCCUACACCGACAAACUUUGGGAUUUGGCGAAGGAGAAGGAGGGCGAAUUUGAGGUGAGUUUGCGAUUUUCAUGAGUUCCGGGUUACGGUUUUGAGGUCGCCAGGAAAUUUGAAAAAUUUUGACACCAAACAUGAUAUAUUUUGGUGGAUUUUUCAAAAUUGCACCAUUUUGACACCCCCAGUUGGUGUAACUUGAAAGCCUUAAGGCUUUUCAGAAGUUCUAGUGUUGUUUUUCGGAUUUCCACGGAAAUUCUGAAUUUUUUGACACCAAACAAGCCAUAUUUUUGAUGAUUUUCAAAAAUUGCAUCAUUUUGGCGCCAAAAAUUGCUCCAAAAUUUUUUCACCCAAAAUCUAUGAUGUUGGGUGUCUCAAAACUCAGAAUUUCACGGGGAAUUCAAAAAACAAUACUAGAACUUCUGAAAAUCCACGUGUCUCUCAAGUUACACUAAUUCAGUAAAACAUAUCAUGUUUGGUCUCAAAAUUUUCGAAUUGACACGUGGAAUCUGAAUUUCACAAUUUCAACGUUAAAAAAGCCUAAUUUUAACGCCAAAAUGGUGCGAUUUUCAAAAGUUCACAAAAAUAUAUCAUAUGAGGUGUCUAAAUGACGGAAAUUCCACGUGGAAUUGAAAAAUCCCUACAAGAAAUCUGGAUUUUUCAGAAAUUCGAAGAUCUGCUCGCCUACGUCAAAUCAGAAACCACACAAGACUUCAACGACUACGUGGAUACCGUAUUCUGGGCUCACCGAGCCGUGCGGCAUGGUUAUGACGAGGAUUCGCCCACGUGGGAUUUUGCCAACUCGGUGUUUUUCACCACCACAAUGUUGACUUCAAUUGGCUACGGCUACGUGGCACCGUCGACUUUUGGCGGCCGCCUUUUUGGUGUCAUCUAUUGUCUGAUUGGAAUUCCGCUAACUUUGGUGACGGUGGCGAAUAUCGCCAAAUUUCUGUCGGAGACGAUUUUCUUGGUGCAUUAUGAGAUAUGGAAUAAAUAUAUGGAAUGGAAGCGGAAAAGGAAAGGAGAGGUUGGUUUUGGGCGGGUUUUUGACACAGGUUUUGAAAUCCACGUGGAUUUUUGAACACUGAAAAUGUGAGAUUCAGAUUCUCCAUCGAAUUUCCGGAAUUUUGAGACCAAACAUGAUAUGUUUCACUGAAAAUUUGAAUUUUCAACCAUUUUUCACAACCCGAGUUGGUGUAACUUGAGAGACACGUAGAUUUUCAAAAGUUCUAGUGUUGUUUUUUGAAUUCCUUGUGAAAUUUCGAGUUUUUAGACACCCCACAUCAUAGGCUUUACUGUAAAUGUGAAAAUCCCAACCAUUUUGGCGCCAAAAAUUGCACCAAAAUUUUUUCACCCAAAAUAUAUGAUGUUGGGUGUCUAAAAACUCAGAAUUUCACGAGGACUUCGAAAAACAACACUAGAACGUCUGAAAAUCCACGUGUCUCUCAAGUUAUACCAACUCGGGGUGUCAAAAUGGCACAAUUUCAAUAUUUCACCUAAAAUAUAUCAUGUUUGGUGUCAAAAAACUGGAAAUUUUCUGCAAAAUUCUCGAUUUUCAGACCGAUUCCGAUCCCACGCAGCCAAUGUUUGCCGACGAUGAAAAUGAGGAGGAGAUUCUAGACCGUGUUCGGCUCGUCCGUUUCCCCCCGCUCGUCGUGUUUUCGCUGGUUUUUAUCUAUGGUUGUGUUGCCGCGUGGGUGGUCCGAUAUUGGGAAACGUGGACAUAUGUCGAGAGUUUGUACUUUAUUUUUAUCAGCAUUCUGACAGUUGGUAGGUGCAUUUUCAGCAAUUUUUGGCUGAAAAUUGAUAUUUUUACCCAAAAAUUCGGUCAAAAACCAAUAAUUUUGAUUCGAAAAAUUUCCAGGAUUUGGUGAUAUUCGCCCGUCGCCUGGCAAUGUUUGGCUAACUUUGGCUUUCGUUUUGGGUGGGUUACUGUGGGAGAGAGUACUGUAGAUUUUUUGGCGCGAAAAUUCGGGGCAUUUUGAUACCAAAUAAGCUUAGGGUUACUGUAGAUCAAAUCAGAAAAUUUUAAAUUUUCGCGCCAAAUUUGAUCUACAGUAACCCUAGCCACAUUUAGUAUCAAAAAAUUCCGCUCAUUUUUUUGCAGUCGGAGUUAUCCUAACUACAAUGUGUAUGGAUGUUGUUGGCCGAAUGUAUCUCAAAGAAAUCCACUACCUGGGUCGAAAACUCAAAUCCAACAAUCCGUUCUAUUUGCUCCGCGAGGCGAAAGCGCGACGUCGCCGCGCGGCAAUGGCGUCGCUUUUAGCGCAACUCGCCAAAGGCAUGAUAUUCGCGCACAAGGAUUAUAAUGAGCUGGCGAGAAAGAAGUCGAAAAAGAAGAAGGAGAAGAGGAGAGGAAGUCAUGUUUGUGAGUUCGAACUCGCCUUGAAAUUUGGAGCAUUUUGA